AUGGAGCAGUUCCCCUUCGGCGAUGAGAGCUCCGUGAGCCUGGAGAUUCAACUGCUGGGCUUCACGGGGAGCCCCGGCCCUGAGCUGAGCCUGCAGGGUGUGGCUGCAGCCCCCCCGGAUGGUGCGGCCCCCCCAGAUCUGGCCAGCACUGUGCUGGAGGACGGCCUGAGCGUGCUGUCCCUGUGUCCAGGCAGGGAGUGGGACGGCGAGGUGCAGCAUGGGCUGUGCCUUCCUGGGGUGCCCAACACGGACCCUGCGGCCACCCGGAGCCGGGCAUCGCCUCGCGGCUCUCCACUGCCCUGCAGCUGCUGCGGGAUGCGGCUGUGCAGCACCGCCCACAGCCCGACUGACGGCCAGCAGCACCAACACCCGAGCAGGAAAAGGAAAGGCUCGGUGUGCCCGGAGCAGCACUGUGAGCUGCAGCCCCCGCAGGGCACGGGCUGUUCGUCCUGCAGCCUGGCAGAGGACAGCAGUGUGCCGGAGGAAUGCCUGGAGAUCCCUGCCGCUGCUCCUGGAGAUGGGCUGAGCGGCAGCGUGGCUCCCAGCCCCGCUCUCCUGCAGCCCGCAGGGCUGGAUGCGGACCCCGGCAGUGCUGGGAUGCAUUUUGCAGUGCUCAGAGCGCAGCGAGCAGCCGUCAGCUCCCACCCCUGGCUCAGCGGCACGCCGCUCUGCGCCCAGAGGAGCAGCUGCUGUUUCACAUUCAAACCCAGCCCUGGUGGAAGGGAAGCCCCCCUCUCCUGCUCCUUCCUCUCCGAGUGCCCGGACGCUUUGCCUUUCCCUCUGGUGAGCCCAGGUGUGGAGGAGGCGAUGUUGGGCCGCCCCGAGGACGGCACUCAGCCGUGGCAGAGCGUCGCGGAACAGCAGGCGGUGCUGAGUGGCGGUGGGCAGCUGAGAGCCGCCGGCACGGAGCCGGGGACGCGGAACCUCCUGCAGGUGUUGGCCGCCUCCCAGCACAGCCUGUCCCACGCGCUGGCUCCCAAAGGGCCGAAGGACUCCUCUCCCUGUGCCCGAGAGCGUGAGAGCAGCGCGGCGACGGAUCGGCUGCAGAACGAGCUGCCCGUCCUCCACCGCAUCCAGGGGGGAAACAUCUGCGGCUUCCCAGGCACGGCGCAGGAGGACGGCGCGGUGGCCACGAGCGCUAAGAGCAGCGCUGCUCCCACCAACAGCAGCGACUGCGACGGCGUUUUUCUAUGCAAGAGCUGCCAGCAGGUGUUCUACACCCAGAAGGGCCUGGACAGCCACAUGUGCUUCCGUGACGAGCAGUGGCUGCUGCCCCAGAGGAAAGAGGAGCCGCAGGGCUGUGCUGCAGAAGCUGGAUCUGCUGCGAGGCCGGAGCUGCAGGAGGAGCCCUGCGAGGCCGGAGCUGCGCUGCUCAUUCCUGUCUCAGUGCCGGUGCUGCCUGGGGGUGAGGUGACCCCCAAGGAGAGCCAGGACGGGAAGAGCCCCCGCGUCAGCUCACACCCGAGGAAGAGGAAGCGGCAGAUUCUCCCCCAAACCCCUCUUCAUCCCCCCCCCGCACCCCCGACGGCGCAGCCCGGCCCUGGGGGCUGCUACCGCAGCAACCUGCGCUCCCCGGUGCUGCUGAUGGACCGCCUGCUGCGGGACCUGCUGCAGUGCUCGCCCUACACACCCCCGCCCAUGCUCAGCCCCAUCCGCGAGGGCUCGGGGCUCUACUUCAACGCCGUCUGCUCGUCCACUGCUGCAGAGCCUCGUCGGCUCUGGGGCAGCGUGCUGGACAGAAUGGACCGAGACUUCGGGCUGUGCCUCAUGAAGGACGGCACCAAAAUCAGCAUUGAGCCCCACAUCAACGUUGGGAGCCGCUUUCAGGCUGAGAUCCCGACCCUCCGGGACAGAUCGCGCUUAGGAAACGCAGAGCAGGCAGCCUUGGUGUGGAAGCCGUGGGGAGACAUCGCAACCAACGAGGAAACGCAGGACAGAGUGAUGGAGCUGCUGAACAUGGCGUGCUCCAGCGUCAUGCCGGGCGGGGGGAACCAACCUGGAGCUGGCGCUGCACUGCCUGCACGAAGCGCGGGGCAACGUGGUGGACGCUCUGGAGCUGCUGCUGUUUGGCUGGCCGCACAAAUCCCAGUCCCAUCCUCUCGCUAAUUACCGCUACACAGGUAAUGAGCUCAGAGGGCUGCGAGCAGUCAAACCGCCCCGAGCCGUUCCCUU